GAGAGAGAGAGAGAGAGAGAGAGAGAAAGAGAGAGAGAGAGAGAGAAAGAGAGAGAGAGAGAGAGAGAGAGAGAGAGAGAGAGAAGCCCCUAAUGCUUGCCAGGACCUCGUCUUGAAUUUCAGUCAGAGUUAGCUGCAGCAGACCUCGCCUUUCAAACGUGCUGAUAAGCCAGUGUGUGGCAACAGAAGAAGGGCAGGGAGAGUCCAGUGUGCUGUAAGCUCUCAGGACAGGGCAGAGGAUGAGGACGGGAGUUCUACUGUGUGGGUCGCACACCAUAUGCCCCUCGGUCAUCGUGAGGCUGUGCAUGAUCAUCACCCUGUUCCACAUCACAGAUUCAAUCUGGACAAAGCAUGACGAAAAAAGAAUUAUUUUUCUACAGGAUGAAGCGGAUGCCUAUCUGAUGUAUGAGUUCUUGUCGGAGGGCUUGGUGAUUGGGAAAAACCACACGAUAACUCUGCAGGAUGAGGAAUUGUCUUCAACGCGUCCAGCCAAAACCUUCCACCGCAUAUUCAACACACGCAUUCCAAGAACCCACUCCGGUAUCACCAAGACCCUGGCCGAAGUGUCCAACAUGGGAGAAGUGCUGGAAAUGGACACUUUCGAGCAGCUGCUCUUGGCUUCGAUCUUCAGCGCCCAUCGAGCUCGGCACAGCACUGCGGAGAGUCGCCAGGACUGGGGCCAACUGUUCUGUCACCUGGUGGCUGCCAUCACCUAUGACCUGGCACAGCUGAAAGUCCUGUGUUAGACACCUGGCUGCUGGCCCCUUCCAUCGCCCACAGCUACAACCCAGUUACUGCAAAGCAGGAAAUGACAGACGGGGAUUCUGGAAUGGAAAUGUUGGAAAGGCGGUUGUAGCUGUGGCGAGAGAAGGUGCCCGUGCCUCAUUAAAGGAGUGGGAAGGUUAGGGGUAAACACAUUUUAGCUUGCAGAGAAAGGGAGGGCAGUGGGAAGUGUGCUGGCCUUUGACAGCCAAAGAGAUUAUCUAAUCUCCCCGGUGAAAAACAGGCAAGCGGGAACAUCAUCUGAAUAUGCCAAGUCACUCGACCAACAUAAAUACAUAAACAAUUUCAGACGAUGGCAAUCUGAAAUAAAAACAGAAAAUCUGUGGAGAGAGAAUUGGUCAAUGUAUUGGGUUUGAGAGUCUUCAGAUCUGGCAAAGAGAGAAAACAUUUAGUUUUCAGCAGGAGAGAUGGUGGGGAGGCGGGAUACAUGGCAAAAAGAGGGAAUGUUUCUGAUAAGAUGUCUACAUGGCUUAAUGGGGAAUGAAUCUUUCAGUACUUGAAGGGAAAGUAAAGUACUGAACCAAGUUAUGCCAUUCCCUCUAUUCUAUACUUCCCUCCCUCGCCUUCGAUCCUAGAGAUCACUAACACAUUUUUGCUCUUUCCUCAGUUCUGACAGUGUCUCCAACUUGAAACAUUGACUGUUUAUCUCUUUACAGAUGCUGCCUGACCUGCUGAAUGUUUCCAGCAUUGUUUGUUUUUCUGCCCUCAACCUCUGUUGGGCUUUGAUGGGAGAGCACUCGAGUGUGAAGCAGAGACUGAGACAGGGAGCUGCCCUGUCCCCGUCUCAGCUCUCACGUGCACCUCAGUCCAGCCAUUGCCCAGUUGUGGCCUUUCACUCUCUCAUCCAUCUGCACCCUAAGAUAUGGUGCCUCACGGUUCCCUCUCCAAAGAUGCUCCCUGCCCUAUGAUGCGCUCAGCGAUUUGGUCAUCCCAUCAGUCUCCCCUCUCCAAUGAAUACUGCUGUUGUUGCAAAGAUUCUUUCCCAUAAAACCAGAGCUUAUGUUGCCAGGCAACAGGCUGUUUCCAUUGUUAUGGCAAAGGUUUUAGUGUUUUACUCGUAAAUCUGCUUGCUAUGCACACUGAAUGUAAUGACAAAGGUCAGCCAGCCUGGAUUCAAUCUUACUUCGUUCCUUCCACUCACUAUAAAACACAUUUUCAAUUUUAU